AUGUGCUCGGAAUCGACACGGCCUUCAGAUUUCCCCGGGACAGUCACCCCGAGUAAAGGACUAACGGCUCUCGUGCAAUGUGCUGUCAACACUUCCGUCUGCCCUUUUCCCCGGAUCCCCAGCAGCUGCCCCACACCCGGAGGUCGUGCCGAACUCUGUCAUGUGAUGUCAAGUGGUGGUAGUGCACUACACACCUUGCGCGGCCAAGACUCCAAGACUCUAGAAGACUCAUGUUUGCGUGUGUUAACCAACUGGCUAUCGGCUAUCGGCUAUGCGGCAUGUCGUGUCAAAGCCCGAUGGCUAGGGAGAAGACCCUGGGCGAAGAGACCAAUGUGA